AUGGCUUCGAUGCGCCUAAGUUCUUCCGCACUGCGAGCGUUGCGAACUCCCGGGUUCACAGUCCGUAACACUGCCUUCACUGCCGCGAGAUGCUACUCGGCAAAGACCCAGACUCUGAAGGAGCGCUUUGCUGAGCUGCUUCCCGAGAAGAUCGAGGAGAUCAAGGCUCUCCGCAAAGAGCAUGGCUCCAAAGUCAUUGACAAGGUCACUCUUGACCAGGUUUACGGUGGUGCGCGAGGCAUCAAGUCCCUCGUGUGGGAAGGCUCCGUUCUUGACUCCGAGGAGGGUAUUCGCUUCCGGGGCAAGACUAUUCCCGAGUGCCAAGAACUUCUUCCCAAGGCUCCAGGUGGCAAGGAGCCUCUGCCCGAAGGCCUCUUCUGGCUCCUCCUGACCGGCGAAGUGCCUACUGAGCAGCAGGUCCGCGACCUGUCUGCUGAGUGGGCCGCUCGAUCCGACAUCCCCAAGUUCGUCGAAGAGCUCAUCGACCGUUGCCCUAGUGAUCUUCACCCCAUGGCUCAGUUCUCUCUCGCCGUUACUGCUCUGGAGCACACCUCCUCGUUUGCCAAGGCAUACGCUAAGGGUAUGAACAAGAAGGAUUACUGGGGAUACACUUUCGAGGACUCCAUGGACUUGAUUGCCAAGCUACCCAAUAUUGCCUCCCGCAUCUACCAGAACGUCUUCAAGGGCGGCAAGGUUGCUCCUAUCCAAAAGGACAAGGACUACUCUUUCAACUUUGCCAACCAGCUCGGCUUCGGUGAAAACACCGAUUUCAUCGAGCUCAUGCGUCUGUACUUGACCAUCCACACUGAUCAUGAGGGUGGCAACGUCAGCGCUCACACCACCCACCUUGUUGGCAGUGCUCUCAGCUCUCCUUUCCUUUCCCUGGCUGCUGGGCUGAACGGCCUUGCUGGCCCACUCCACGGUCUUGCCAACCAGGAGGUGCUAAACUGGCUCACGGAGAUGAAGAAGGCUGUUGGCGAUGAUCUUAGCGACAAGGCCAUCACUGACUAUCUCUGGUCCACCCUCAACUCGGGCCGUGUUGUCCCCGGAUACGGCCACGCCGUUCUCCGGAAGACUGACCCCCGAUACAUGGCUCAGCGCACCUUUGCCCAGGAGAAGAUGCCCAAUGACCCGAUGUUCCAACUGGUCAGCCAGGUCUACAAGAUCGCCCCCAAGGUUCUCACCGAGCACGGCAAGACCAAGAACCCCUACCCCAAUGUCGAUGCCCACUCUGGUGUCCUCCUCCAGUACUACGGUUUGACCGAGGCCAACUACUACACUGUGCUCUUCGGUGUCUCGCGCGCCAUUGGUGUCCUGCCCCAGCUGAUCAUUGACCGCGCUGUUGGUGCCCCCAUCGAGCGUCCCAAGAGCUUCUCUACCGCCAAGUGGAUUGAGAUCUGCAACAAGCUGUAA